AUGCUGUCCUUGAUUUCUCAAACACCGGCCAUGCUACUGGCCGCAUCUGUGGUGAUUCUGUUUGCAUUCUUGGUUGAGCUUGUCUCGGUGACAAUGAGAUGGAAAAAUGCGCCACCAGGUCCUCCGACGCUACCGAUUAUUGGAAACAUACACCAAAUUCCUAAGCGUGACCUCCAUCUGCAAUAUCAGAAAUGGGGUAGACAAUAUGGACCCCUUUUCUCCUUGAAGCUGGGAUCCCAAAACGUUGUCGUUUUGACCAACGGCCAACUCAUCAAAAAGAUGGUCGACAAAAAGAGCAGCAACUAUUCUGACCGUCCCAAGCUGUACAUGCAGGAUAUCUGGGAAGGGUCAAGGAUCAUCAUGAGAGGCUACGACUCAUUAUGGAAAGUCGAACGUAAGCUCUACCAUCAGUUCUUGAACGUCAACAAGGCGGGGCGCUAUGUGCCGUACCAAGAUCUCGAGACCAAGCAGUUGAUUGUCGACUUGUUAUCCAAUCCACACAAUUUCGAAGAUCUCAUCACGCGAACAACCUUGAGUGUUGCAACGAGCAUGGCCUACGGAUUUCGGGUGGCCGACCCCAAGAGCGAGGUGAUGCAGGAGCUGUUCAGCAACGCUCACGGCUUCUUUGUCAUGGUAAAUAGCAGCAAGCUCCUUGAUUGGUACCCACAGCUGCGGCCCAUUGUCCAGGCCAUGCCUACCUGGCUGUAUCCGACGGCGAGAAAAGCGAAGCAGAUCUUUUACCGCGAACGAGACCAGUUUCGACGGCUAUACGAGCAGGCAACACGGUCUUCGCAGAUGGACGACUCACUACCGAGCUUCUCAGCCGACAUCAACCAGGCCAAGGAAUCCUGGAAAGGCACUGAAAAUGGAAACCUCCUUACGGACCAUGCAGCUUCCUACAUUGCAGGAAUUGCCAUGGAAGGCGGUGCCGACACCACUAGCAAUACCCUUGCGGGAUUGCUGAUCCGGACGUAUGCCAUGAUGCUGUUCCCACACAUCCAGAAACGCGCUCAGGAGGAGCUGGACACCGUAGUCGGUCCUGACAGGCUCCCUCGGAUGGAAGAUUUCGAAUCGCUUCCCUACAUUCGCCAGGUUACCAAAGAAGCUUUGAGAUGGCUCCCAACUGCCAUCAGCGGAGCCAUUCCGCACGCCGCCGUCGACGAAGACGAAGUGGAUGGUUACCGAAUCCCCGCUGGCGCAACGAUCGUUCUGGCUGUGUGGUCCGUGAACAACGAUCCUAAUCUCUUCCCCAAUCCUCGAGAAUUCGACCCGAGCAGACACAGCCCGGACCUCUCCUUCUCUGAGUCAGCGUCCGCGUCUGACUAUCGGCAGCGGGACAACUGGACGUUUGGCGCUGGCAGACGCAUCUGCCCGGGCAUUCACGUUGCGGAAAGGACUCUUUUUCUAGCCACCGCUCGGCUGCUGUGGACCUUCACCAUCCAAAAAGCCAGAGAAUCUGACGGCCGAGAGAUCGACGUAGAUAGGGACGAGGUGACUCAGUCAAUAGCCGCUCGGCCGGUGCCAUUCCCGUAA